ACAAGAAAGAAGUAGGGCGAAAGAUAUAACAAAAGAGUGGAUUCAAUCGGCGGCGGCAAGGUGCAGCGAUUGUUCUCCAAGGGACCGGUAGUCGACGGCCCAUAUUUAACGAUCAAGAUCGGGACCGAAACUCAUCAUCUCUGACUGAAAUCUAGAGGAAGAAGAAGAAAUCUGAUUCGAAAACCGUUUUUUCAAUCGCUUUCCUUCGGUGAUAUUAUGAAGGAUUUUGAUCUUGUGAGGGGCGGGAAUCUCUUCGUUGUUGAUCGAUUCGAUUCGUUUUGAGAUCACCGCGGCGGAGGCGGCGGCGGAUUUGUUGAGAGUUUGGAAGAAACAGGUGCGUUGGGUGGAAAAACUCCAGAGACAUAUUUCCUUUGGAGGGUUCUUAGAAAAGUUAUCAGAGAGUUCUCAUCAGAAACCAAAUCACUACUCCUUCGUGUGCUUGCACUGGGGGUGUACCCACCUCUCUGGUGCAAAGUGGAAAGAAAGUAAGGACUGCAUCUUGCAGAACUUGUGGUGGCAGACAAACAGUUGAUGGGAGUACAUCUCUUUGCCAAGGCAUGAUGAAUACAGUACGUGUAGAACUUACAAAAUCUAUUAGUCCUUACCUGAACUGGAAGGUUUCAAAGGGUUAUCGGAGUGCAUCAAGGCGGUCAAGGAAAGCUGUUGAUAAAAGCAAAAAAAUGGGUGCAGAGCUAGCAGAAAAAAGUGCUAGAAGUGCAUCAGAAACAUCAGUUUCUGAUUCAGAGAAGCUUGGUGUGGCUGUACUUGGGAGACGAUUUGGUGACAAAAUUGAGCAUGUACCGAUUAAGAAAAGGAGACUUAUGGUCCGGUCUCCGUCACCCCCUCCACACCUUGAAGGCAACAAACCACUAUUGGAUGGUCGUCAUUCUUCAGGUCACAAGUCUUGUCCAAAAUCAGUUGGCAAAAAGCAUCCCACAAGGAGUGAUCCUUCUACCCUGACUAGGGUCUGUCAUAGUGCCAGUAGUGGUGCUAAUGAGAAUUUGAAUGAUGUGACAAAUCAAAAGCAUGGUGACGUGGAUGACUUUUCUGGUAUUGAGAUAUUGGCAGAUGCUGCCUGCAACAACAUCAUAAAUGAUGACAUCAAUCAUGUUGUGAAGAAUCCACUAGGUGAAGAUUCACCUCUGGAUGAAAAAGAUGCAUCAACUUCUGCACGGCCUUCGGAGCAAACAACCAUUGUGUCAACUUCUUUAACAGUCAUGAGAACUGCUUCAGAAUUUUCAGAAGCAAGAGAUGCAUCGGUCUCUGCAAUCUUGGAAGAAAGUAUUGCAUCAUUGGAAACAGUACAUUCAUCCCCUAAAGAUGUACAACGAGAAGAUAAAAUAGGAAGCGCCUCUUUUGAAGCUGAUGGGUUCAAAAUUAAUACUAACAAAGCACUUGACGAAGCAGAAGCAAGAUUGAGUUCCUCUAAAGAUGUUAGGUUCCACUGGGACCUAAAUGUUAGUAUGGAUGCUUGGGAGGAACCUUGUGAUUUGGCGAUUGCUGAUCCUAAAACAACUGCUGCAGAUGAUAUCUCCAUGGAUAAUAAGCAGGGUGCAAACCUCCAAGUUUCAGAAGCUAAUGAGAUACCUAAGGAGGAAGAUGCAAAGAAUGACAUUGCAAGCACCGUGAAACCUCUGUCUGACAAUGAGGAACAGGGAUUGAAAGCGUGCCCUGAAGUUGAGUUGAGUUGUGGUAAAUGUGUUUCUCCUGAUAACGCUUUGGGAUCUUCAAAAGAUUCUGGUAGCGGUGCUAAAGCUUCCUCUCAGGAUGCGAGUGUAGAUGUAUGCAUUGAUGGUUCCCCUUGUGCUGGAUUUGAUAACAUCGCAGUCACAGGCCCUGUGUCUGAGGAGACCGAUAAAACCCCAAUUUCCAGCUUUUCUGAUGAGCAUGUGGCUGGUGAACUACCAAGUGAAACUGUCUGUUCAGGAAGUGUUAAGGUUGAAAACCCUGCUUUAGCUUGUGUGCCAGAAGGGGCAUCUUGUGAGAUUGAAAGCACUGUUCUAGAUGAAGAUGGCAAGGGCUCUGGUGCAACAUCUAGCGUCCAUGAUGAUCCAGAAUCUCUGGAAGAGACGAUGGGAGUAGAAAGCUGUCACUCACUCGCACCCGUUCGCCUUGAUUCUGAUGAUAAAUCUGCAUCAGGUGCAUCUGUUGGAGAAGGCCGGUCGCUGGUGACUAUAAUUGCAAAGGAGCCUGUUGAAGCUGCCUCUGACACUCAUACUGUCGAUUCUCUGCCAAAUGAUGGUUCUGAGGAAGUAAUGCAUAAACCUUCAGGGAAUCCCAUGACGAAUCAAGUAGCUGCUGCUGGGUCCUCCACUCUUGAGCAAUGCCACUAUGGUGAAGAUAGCUCACGUAGCUUGGAUAGAGUAACUAAAGAUCCUUCCAGUGAUGGUUAUGACUUGAAUACUCGUCAAGAUGAUAAGGAUUACAUGGUUGGCAAGGGAAACACUCUGGAACCUGAAGCUGGUUAUGACUCCCAGUAUGAAGAUGGGGAGCUGAGGGAGUCGGAUGUACCAUAUUGGGAGGAGAAUGAAAUUGAUGAUGUAGAAGCUGAAUGUGUUGACUAUGGUUCUGAUACAUGUGACAGUGAAGCUGCUGAUGACUCUAUAUCAGGGAAAGUUGGAAUGGGACCUGAAUGCAGAGAAACAGAAUUAUUUGGGGAGUCAAGGAAAAUCGACAGGAACAUUAAGCUUGUGAGAGGAUUGAGUCCAGGAUCUGAUAACAUGUGUGACAAAAAUGAACAUGCUUUGAGACAAUGUUCUGUUGGUUCGAAGACAAAAACUUCAGGAUCUGAUCAACUACCUUGUGAUUCUGAAGCUUCUUCAAACAGAACUGCGGAAGCAAUUGAGGGCUGCACAGCAAGGAGACAUGCUGUUAAUGGCUUCGAUGGCUAUGAUGCCAAACAUUCUCCUGCCAAUGUGGUUGGGUCAAUGGCAUCUGACUCCUCAAAUAAGAUGGGUACUGAAUGUGCAAGGCGGAGGAGGUUGGGCAACUUUGAUUCUAUUCGCUCUGAGGAAGCUGGUUCUGAUCAGUCCAUGGGAAGGGAAAAGUAUGACUCACGUAUGCAGGGUAAAAGCUUCAGAGGUGUGGUUUAUUCUUCAGGGAGUUAUUGGGAUUCCAAGCGACGCGAAUCACCCACUUAUCAUGGUUCCUUUGGCUCUGGACGCUGUAGGCCAAGAAGUGUUGUUGAGAACCAUGGAUAUGAGAUGGAAUCAGACGAAACAUUUUCAGAAGCACCAGGAGUUCACAACCGUGUUCGCAGGCAAGCUAUAACUUUUUCAUCAAAUCGUCCGUAUCAGGGAUCGUUUAGAAGAAGAUCGCCAUCUGAAAGAAAUGAUGCACACAACAUACAUAGGGGAAUGAUACCUAUGAGAGAUACAAGUCCUGAUAGGCGGAGGUUUAGACGAUAUCCACAAGGGGUUAACAGAGGCAUCAGGGAGGAGUACCACAGGCCCAUACCCGAUGAUCCCAACGAAUGCUCUUAUAAUGUGCCACGACGAACAGCCAGGAGAGAACAAAGCGCUUCACCUCCUGGCAGAGGACCCGUAUAUUAUAGUAGACCCUACAAAAAGCCCCAGUCUAGAUGCAGAAGUCGCUCUCCUCUUGGAUGGAGAGAACUGAAUGAUAUUUCAAGACAUCGUGGGAGCAGGUCUCCUGAUUAUAGGUUUGAUUCCAAUAUCGAGAAGCUGAGGGUGCCUUUCCAGAAGCAAAAUUUCGGAGGCAAGUAUGAAGUAGGGUUCGUGUCCUCACCAAAGCGUCGUUUUUCCCCACAACAGAAUUCCAGAUGGUUUGAUGAGUCAAGUACAGGUGUAGAUCACAAUUUCAGGGGCAGGAGAUUUGUGGGAAGGCGGUUCCAGCCAGGACAGAGGUUUGACUCAGAGCGUUCUUCUCAGAGAUUGAAUUCAGAUGGUUACUCUGAAUCCAUGAUUCGUCCAGCAAAAUUCUCCGAGUUGCCCAGUGGUGGUAGGGAGUAUAGAUACGAAGGUAGCGACGAUGAUAGAAGGAGACCUGGUGGAAGAUUUGAGAUCGUUCGCCGCGUGAGGCGUUUUGAUUCAGAUGGUGUUGUGCGUCAGUUCCGUUUUGAUGAAGACCGUUUUGCAUCUCGCAACACACAGAACUACGAUGAAUCUGACAGCAGGGCAACCGAGAGAAGGCCUCGAGAAGCUUACAUAGGAGAAGUAGCGAAGAGGAGAGUAAAUUAAGGUUCCAACGCUGACUCGGUAUUAAAACUCCAGCUUCUGGUGCAGCUCAACUCAUUUAACCUGCAACAUACGUAAUUCUGGGAGAAAUCCAACAUCACCUUUGCCGGCAUUUCUUCAAAUCGAUGCGUUACUCAGGCGGAUAGGAGUUCUCCCGAAUUUUUUUUUUCUGGUGAUGGUUGAGCCGAAAUAUUCGUGCUCUUCCCGGCGGCGGCCGGCGCUGUGGAAGCUACUCUUACCAUUCCAAUUGCGCUUAGGCAAAUUUUUUUUUUAGGUUAGGGCCUGAUGUUGCUUUGGUUCAUCUUGAUUUUGUUUCUUAAUUUUAUUUUAGGCAUUUUUUAACGAUUAGUGAAGAAUCUCAAGCUUUUUAGUUUCAA